UUUGGGGAAUGUUGGAAUAAAAAGCUACUUGCAGACCAAGUUGAUAUUGUAUCUCUUCCUGAUGAGCUAAGGUAUCUAUGUUGGGACUAUUACCCGUUCAAAUCUUUAUCCUCAAGUUUUAAUCCAAAAAAUCUUGUUGUAUUGAAAUUACCACAUGGUGAUAUGGAACAACUUUGGAAUGGAGAUAAUCAUCAGGAUCUUGUUAGUUUAAAGGAAAUUGACCUUUUUGAUUGCAAGAAUUUAAGAAAGAUUCCUAGUCUACUCGGGGCAAUCAACCUUAAAAGCCUUUGCUGUAUGGGGUGCGAAAGUUUGGUUGAACUUCCUUGCCUGACUCAUUUGGCUUCUCUUGAAAGUUUUGAUCUUGAUGGAUGUCAUAAUCUCAAGAAGAUUCCUGAGAUCCCAAGUCAUUUUCAUUACUUGGAUUUAGAAGGAACGAGAAUAGAGGAAGUGCCUGAUUCAAUUGAACAUCUCAUCUGGCUUAGACGAUUACGGUUGAGAAACUCAAGGGUUAAAAAUGUGUCCAACAAUAUUUUGAAGUUGGAAUCCCUUUAUGAUUUGGAACUUAGUCAUUGCCCAAUCACCAAAUUUCCAGAAAUCCCAAAAAGCUUAUGUAGUUUGAACUUAUCAAAGACUCAAAUUGAACAAGUGUCCUUGUCUUUCGACUACGUAGGUAAUCUUGCAGACUUGGAUAUGAGCGGCUCAAGUAUUCAAAAGCUACAGUGCAAUAUUUCCCUCUCUGGUUCAAGAAAGAUUCCAACCAUUGAUGUGCCCUCAUCAAUCUUAUGGUUUGAAAGCCUUCGAAAUUUGACGAUGAAUCAUUGCAAGAGCCUUAAAUUACUCUUAGAUCUUCCACCACAUUUAUGGCGCUUGGAUGCACGUGACUGCCCAUCAUUAGAAAAAGUAUCGUUCAUACAACAACACGGUUUUCUUGGUGAUCCUUAUAAGUUAUGCAUGAUGUUCUUCAAUUGCAUUAAUUUGAAUCAAGAUUCAAUUGAUAGCAUUGAGGCAAAUGCCAUGUUCAAAAUUGGAUCCAUAGCAGAGACAUGGGCAGGGCAAAAUAUUUUUCUUCCAUCAUUGGUUUCAUGUUUCCCGGGAACAGAAAUUUCAGCAAAUAAGUUCGAGUCCCAGAACGUGUAUUCUUUCUUAACAUUGAAGAUAGCACCAAAUGUGUGUGGUAAGAGAAGAUUCUUGGCUUUUGCUAUCUGCCUUGUGGCCGAUCUCACCCACUGUAGUGGUUUCGAAAAACUUGAACUUACCUGUGAAUACCAACUGACAGUCUCUAGUUGUAGUGAUGGUGGUGGUGGUUAUGAAAAGUUCAAAAGUGUGUUAUAUGACGGUGGGAGUUUAGAGUCAGAGUGGAACUGCAUGGGUGAUCACGUAUUGAUUCUAUUUCAAGAGGAUAUGGUUAAAGAAGACAAGAAUUAUGAAGAGGCAACAUUUGAAUUCUACAUCAGAAGUUAUAGCUACAAUGAAGAGGGUGAAAAAAUAUGUCUCCAUGAUUUCAAGGUAAAGAAAUGCGGUGUUCAUGUAUUUUACGUGGGUGCAAAGAGUUGUGCCGAUGGCAAUGUUGAAUCCAGUGAAAACUCCAACUUAAAUGAGAUGAGCAAUGAUGAAUCCGACGAUAGUUUUUACUCUGCCGAAGAAGCUUUUUUUGAGGAAGCCAAUAGUGAUACACAAAAGAGGCUUUAUUUGUUAUGUUUUGUUAUUUUGAAUUUUAUGACUGUGAUCUGUAGAUUCCAUAAAACUUGCAAGAAAGUCAAGCGGGACACAGAUUCAAUACUCUACUGGAAUUGAAGUUGCAGAUUAUGGGUGGUUUGGAUGUCGUCUUUCUCACCAGCAAAUGAAGUUCCCACAAAAUUACUGGUGUUUAGGUGAAGGUUGCGAAUCAAUGCAAAAUCCAUUUGAUCUCACUCACAUUUAUAGAGGUGCCCUUUUAGCCAGAGAUUAAACUUUUACCUUUUGAAUUUGGUAAUUUGAAGGGAAUAAAGAUGGCAAUGAUUGAUGUUACGAGAGCAGAUGAGGAAUAAAUGACAGAUGUUUGAAACAAGUAAGCUUUUAAGAUGUUCAAUUUCUUGUACUGAAUGAUUUCUUUAUAUUGUGGUUGAACUGAGAUAUUGAAGCGGUACUGCAACUUGUCAACAGAGUUUACCCAAUCCAGCUUUGCUUUCUGGAUUUUGGCCCUUGAGAGGAAGCAUAUGCUCAAUUUGGCAGAGUUGCUCUUAUCGCAAAACUCGUUGAAUGAAGACAUGGAGCCUGGAUGUUAUUUUCAAUGCCAACCCUAUCACAGUUUUCAUUCUCAAGUUAGAUUGAUGAGCUUUUAUGUUUAUCCCAUAGAGAAACCCAACAUAAACACUUGGGAAAAAAAUCCAAAUGAUUUUGGUUUAGUUGGAACUUCAAAGUGAAGAGUUGGUUUCAUGGUACACCCAUUUGACUUGAUUCUUCGUGGUGAAUUUACAGUCACUGUUUCAGAAGAAUGAUGUUAAGAGGGUGCUAGAAUUGCAGCGGUCGCAAAACGUGGUUGUGAUUCGAGCUAUUAUAUUGCGUCUGAAGCUUCGGACUAGAGCAUGACAGGUUCAUUUUGUAUCAAUUCAACCUCGGAUUCUUUGGGGGAUGUAUUCAAGUUGAUCGAUCAAUCCUUCAGGCGAAAGAUAUCGAAUUUUGUUAAUGUCUUGCUAAGGCAUAUCGGCCAAGGACGGGAUAGAUUGGAUUUUACGUUCAUGACAUGGUGGCUAUUGACAUUAUACAUUAUGUGGCAUUGUUGUUUUUUUGGUUUUAUGUGUUGCCUGUAAGCUGCAGCCGAUGUUUAAUCAAAUCUAUUCCCUUUGAUUGUGAACAUCAUUGUAUGAAACUUUAUCAUUUUAAUUAGAUU